GUUGUGUUUGAACGCAUUUUAAUUAGCUGUUUAGCAACCAUUAAGAAUUAGCACAGCAGUGCGUGAAAGAGGACGGUGAUAGCUGGCGCUUUGGUUAGGCGUUAUCUAAGUACAAACUCUUGAAGGACUACUUCCCCAUCACACCAAAACAAACAAUGUCUUCAACAUCACAGAAACACAAAGAGUUUGUAGCAGAGCCCAUGGGUGAGAAACCAGUGAUGGCACUUGCUGGAAUCGGUGAAGUUCUUGGAAAGAGACUGGAGGAAAAGGGCUUUGACAAAGCAUAUGUUGUUCUUGGGCAAUUCCUAGUGUUGAAGAAGGAUGAGGAGCUGUUUCGGGACUGGUUAAAGGAUACAUGUGGGGCAAAUAUAAAACAGCAAGGCGACUGCUAUGGUUGCCUGCGAGAAUGGUGUGACUCUUUCCUGUAAAAAUCUUUUUGGUUUUCUUUUUAAACACAUUAGGUUGGUGUCAUUCUUUUUUUUAUUUACAUGUCACACAUGCUCCCUUCAAACCUUUGGAUGCAGUCAAAGCUUCAGUGUUUCACACUGAGACAUGAAGAGAAUAUUGCCCCUUUCAUGAAAUUUGUUUCUUUACUUCAUUUGACAUUAUGGCAGUAUCAAAACAAAGCAGAUUUGAUUAGAGCAACAAUAGGCCAAUGUUUUAAACAAUUGUUUUAUAGUUAAUGAUGUAUGAAGCCAAAUCAGUUUCACAUGUUCUUUAACUCUGAUUAUAGAUGCUAAUUUUGAUAUUUACAGCAUCUUCACUUCUAGCUGUCCUUGUAUGGCUUGAUUAAGAACUGAACCACCAUGAUGAUCAUUUUAGGUUAGAUUACAGAUAUUUAUGAGAAUACUGACUACUUUUGUCUUUUCAGAUUCCAUACAUGUUGGCAGUGGUAUUUUAAAGCUUUUAAUAGAAGUGGCAAAACUGCUCUAAAGUAGUUAGUGUGUUUUAAGAGUUCCCUUAAAUGUUUGUUAGGAAAGGAAGAUAUAGUAAUGCUGAAAUAAAUUGUUACAUUGUCUGUGUUUUUCAAUAAAUCAAAAAAAAUGCCUUAAAUUAAUUGUCCACAUCAAAUGGUACCUGAUUGAAAGAUCUGUCCUUCAGUAUACAUACUGGUCCUGUUUUAAGGCAAUAACUAAAUGUAAGCCCCUUUACUGUGGUGUGAUGUUUACCAAAUGUUAUACUGCUCCUGGAAAAAAAAAUUUUUUUUUUUUAAAUAUCAGCUUAAGUAUAAUGCACAAGUUUGGCAAUACCUUCCAUGUAGCUCACACCUAGGAUAUUUUGAUGUAUACUGUUAUCCUAAGGAAAAAAGCAGGAACACUAUUAUUUGCAGUUACAGACCAGAUGCUGUCCUGUGUCAAUGUUAAUGAAGGGUGUGUUGCAUCACUGUAACCUUUAAACUUUUUUUUUUUUUUUUUUUUUUUUUUUUUUUUUUUAACUGGGCCCUGUUCGAUAUGAAGUAUGAAAAGUUUACAAAUGUCGGAGUCAUGUCCUACGUAACCUCAAAAAGACAAGGACACAAACCGACAGUCUUGGUAACACUAUAUUUUUAAUUUGAUUCUGUCUAAUAUUUUUGUAAACCCAGACUGGAUCACAUCAAGAUUUAGUGAUUACAGAUUCUUGUUGCUUGGCCUCUUUAACAGGUGAACUCUUGGGUAACACUCAUCUGAUACUGUUCAUAUGAGUGUAUGGAUACUGAACUGAAAUCUAUACAGCAUGUUGCUUUGUUGAUAGCCAAUAGCUGUUUCCAUUAUUCAGAUUUUGUUUUUGUUUUGUUUUGAAGUGUUAUGUGUAGGUCUGUGCAUCUUACUUGGCUAAUAUGUCCAAAAAGUUAAACUUGUCCUUUGCCAAAAUUUACAAGCAUACAGAGCCACUUUAAAGGAGGCUUAAAAAACCCAAAAUAUACAGAAUUUAUAAAUCACAAUUGUAUACCAUGUGAGGGAAAAAGUAUAAAGCAAAGGAUGUUACUUAAAGGUUUAAUAAAAGUUAAAAUAAUGAAAA